CGGCACAGCCAAUAGGAAGAGGUCUCUCCAGGUGCAGGUGUCGGACGACUGCGCUGUUGACUCGAUCAAUACCUCUGUACGCUUUCGGUAAAGUUGCCAUUUCGUAGCAAACAACAAAACAAAAGAGCUGGAAUUUAAAAGUUUCUCCAUUUUUUGUUUGCGGGAAAGGACAACGGACGACAUGGUCUUUUUUGUCGUAUGUAUUUUGGUGACCUCGUUUUUGUGGAUCAACCCUGUCCUCUCGCUUGCAAAGAAAAUUCAGCGUGUAACUCUCCUGUGUUUGCAAAUCAACAUGAAGCUUGUGUUGAUGAGGACCGUUUUGAAGAACGCAUACUCAAUGCGGGACAGCAGGACCCCCCAUACCGGCUCAACUGCUCCUUGGAGCCAUUUCCUCAUGCCCAGGGAGACUCUCGGUCCCAGGUGGCUUGGCUGAAGGACUGUCAGCAGCUCAGUGCCCAGCAGGGAAAUUACUACCUGGAGUUUUCAAACAUCUCUUUUGAAAGCGGAGGGAACUACACCUGUUUGCAGCCUGGAAACAGCACAGCUUCGUUCACGGUGCGCCUAAUCAUUAAAACUUUAGAAUGCUCCAAGGCUCCAACGUUUCCUUCUAAGGAGGUUCAGAGCAGCCUCUGGGGACAGGUGGGAUCCGCCGUGGAUCUGAAUUGCACCGCCCUGCUCUCCUGGGACCCGACUGACGAACAAUGUGACGCCUCACUGCACUGGACCAAAGAUGGCCGUCCCCUGGGCAACGGCUCCUUGAUUUUGGAAAACACCUCCUCAUGGUUUCAAGGUAGAGGUCAGCUGGUGGUAAGCAGCGUGCUGGUGGUCCAGCUUCAGGAGUUAGAAGACUUUGGACUGUACAGCUGCACAGUGAGGAACUCUUCUUCCAAAUUCAACCUGCAGAAAUCAAGCAGCCCAAGCCACACUGCUGCCAUCACCGGGGCCUUCGUCCUCCUCCUCUUCUUGGCUGUGGCUGCUGUCAUCUACUCCAAGUGCCACCUGAACAUCAAACUGUGGUACCGCGACUCUUACGGGGACUACGAGAUGAGCGAUGGCAAGUUGUACGACGCCUACAUCUCCUACGUGAACAAUGACUACGACAGGAAGUUUGUCAAUUUUAUUCUCAAACCUCACCUGGAGAAUAAACACGCACACAAGGUGCAUCUCAAUGAGAACGACAUCAUGCCUGGCUUGGAACCUUCGGCAGAGCUUUUAAUGAACAUUAGUCGCUCCCGACGUCUCAUCGUGUUGUUGUCUCACGCAUAUCUGGAGCAGGACUGGUGCUCCAACAACUUCAGACAGGGCCUGCUGCACUUGUUGGAGCUGUGCCGGCAGCCCAUCAUCAUCAUACUGGAAGGUCAGCUGAAGCGCAUGAGGCCUGAAAUCAAGCAGCAGUUUAGUGAGCACCAACACUGUCUCACCAUACUCACAUGGAGGCACAACUCUGUGACUCCCUCCUCCGCAUUCUGGAAGGAGCUGGCCUUGGCCAUGCCUCGCAGGGUCAUCUUCCGCAACGAGGCGGCGGGGGACCCCCAAACUGUCCUACAGGAUGACAAAGACCCCAUGCUGACCCUUGAUCCUGACUAUCUGGACUGCCGCUCUGACACAGACCCUGCUGGGGACCUUGGAGUGCGUCUCCCCAUAUACAAAGCUAUGACCUCGAAGGCCCCGGUCCUCCCAGUUGUAUCCAGUAGCGAGCGAGGACCCAGAAACCCAGACAUAGACGUGUCGGACUUGGGAGCUCGCAACUACGGAGCCCGCUCAGACUUUUACUGCCUGGUCACGAAGGAGGACAUCUGACCCCAGCGCACACACACUUAUCUCUGAUGAACACGAUUAGGAAGUCUAGCUGUAUUUGUCCCGUGUCAUUUUUGUGCAUCUGUUUGAAAUCACAAUGUCCCUCGUGGUCCUUUCCAUUUAUUGACUCUGUGUUUUGAAAGCAGUAUUUGCAAUUUUCAUUUAUGGCACUGAGCUUCCAACUGUUGAAAAUGUUGCUUUGUGCCCAGCAGAGGGCAGACUCUUGACAGCUAAGACUAAAGUACAAACAGACAGCCGUGAGCAUAACAAGUGCAAAGUACAAAAGUCAGAACAUCGCUGCUAGGCACAGCUUCAGUUUGCGGGAUAAACACGACCUUUAACCGAGCGGGACUGCAAACUAGUGUUGGCUCGUAAGUGAAUGAUUCGUUCAAAAGAACGAAUCACUUCCUAAAGUGAUUCGUUCUUUUUUCAGUUCAUAUGACUUCAGUCAGUAGAUGUCGGUAAUGCGCAAGGAAGCUGGUAUUACCUCGCCGUAAAACAAAACGAAGAAGAAAAUGACGUAACUUCCCGUUCACGAAUGAGUCGUGAAUUGCAUUUCUCGUUCACCAACGAACGAAUCAGUGAGUGAGUGAUUUGCAUUUCCAGUUCAUCGCGGUGAACGGAUCAGUGAGGGAAUGAAUCCUGACUUUCCCGUUCGCGAACGAGCCAACUGCCUUCUUCCCGUGCAUCAACCAGUGAACGUGUUGCGUCUCCCUCCUGCCGUGAACUAUGUAAACCAGAAUGUAGAUUUACGAUUUGCCAAGGAAAGAAAGAACCACUCACUGAAACACCGCUUCUUUUAUGCACGUUUUCUCCAAGCUAACCGCUGACUUUAUUGCAUGAAGCUAUGCGCCGUUAUGCAAAAACGGGGAGAUUGUGCUUCUCUUUGGGUAAUCUUAAUUUCAUAACAUUUAAAAUAACGUAUGCACAUAUACGCCAAAAUAUUUGUAUCCAAUAUAUCUACUGCAAUUUCACCUUAGAUUGCUGGUUUGAAAUGUACUUUUAUUAUUUUAAUAAACAUUAAAACCUGUUAAAACUUG